UAGUUCUGUUUAUACCAGAUACAAAGCACUUAAUCAGUUUUAAAUUGUGCAUAAUUCUUGGACAUAGUCGUAUUUUCUCCUCUUGAUUUUACUCAUAAUAAUCUUGAGAGGAAGAUAGACUGAAAGACUUUGAUUCAAAGUUCACUAGUAAUAUUUUAUUGUUGAGGAUGGACUUCAACCUGAAUGUCUUUAAUCCUGUAACCGCACCUCAGUCAUUAUAUGACAUUGGCUCUCCUAUGUUGAAUAAGGAGCAAUUGGGUAUAUUUCUACAAUAUACUAAACCUUAAACCGUUUUGUCAUAAGGCACAGUAUUCUAAAAUUCUUUCUUCCAAAAUCUGGAGAAAAAUUGCCACUGCAAUCAUGAAUUUUUUUUUAUUCUUCCCAAAAUGCAAUAUUUGGGUUUGAGAACAGGACUUUUGUUAGGCAAAUGACUCUCAUUUCUAUUCUUGGAAUCCCUGCUCAGAAACUUCUCCCAAAAUUCCAGAACCAUCCCACUAAAACACAGCUAUUUUGCUAGCAAAUUUCAACACUACAAUUUUGGCCCAGUUGGUGAGAUGGGAUUAAAGUUCAAACAGGAGCAGUUUUAAAUGCUGUCUCCCAUUUUGUUUUAAUUUGUACAUAAAACAAGAUCUUAAAACAAGAGAUAAAUGGUUUUCAUGCUAAGGUAUUUUCUAAUUCUCUAAGUCACUAGUCCAGAAAAUGUUUGUUGUUUUGCUUUGCUCUUGACUUACGUCAAAAUUAUAUGAACAAAAUAUAUCAAUAAAUGUCUGAUCUUUGUCCCAAAAAAGCAAAUAUACUAUCAACACAAGCAAAUGUUAAGGCCACGGCUAUCAGGGUAGACUUCAGUAUUACUGAGAAAUUAAUUUUUGAUAGAAAAAUCUGCCAUUUCCCUGAAUCCCGAGCUGUGGUACAACAAAGAUGAAACCUUCCUCUCUGAAAAUUAGUCUUCUGAAUUGUGAAUAAGGCAUUAAUUCACUUAUUUUUAGAAACACACAGGUUUUAUGUGUCAAGCAGUCUUGUGGACACCUCUCAAGAGAAAAUAAAUCACCAACAUGCACGGUACUGGGUUUUUGCCAAGUACCAAAUAUAAGAGAGAAAUUCCUACUUUUAAAAAUUCAUCUUAAUGAUACAGCCAUAAUGAGCUACAGUUGUCUGUUUAUCAAUCCCAUGUAUAUCUCAUAGCCACAGCUUGUAUUUCCUGCAGAAAAGCUGGAAGAGUUUAUUGUGCAGGACAACUCCAGAUACUUCGUAUUUUACUCCAUCCUACUUUUUUUUUAAAAUCUUCGUCAGCUUUUUGCCAGCCUGGAACAUUUCGGCAACUGCCAUUUUGCAUAGCCAGCCCAGCAAAGAAGCAGGCAGUGCAACUCUGUACAGGUCUACUCAAAACCCAGGUAGAUACUUAAAACACCCAACUAGAGUCCUCCGCGGCAACCUCAGACCCGCACUCCGAAUGCCAGUCCAAAUGCCAACGUGGGCUUCGGCGUCGUUUGGAGCGAUUCUUAUCAAUGUGCCUCACGAGAGCGGCUUUGCCCGUGGACUCCUCCUAUGCUAACCUUUCCUAUCUCUACGGUUCCUCUCCCAGACUUCGGAACAGCCAUGAGCGCCGAGACUCGCAACCGCCAGCAGACUCUGGCUUUACGGAAGCAGUUCAUUGGGUCAUCCUGCAAGCUUUUUUUUCCAGAAGAUCCAGUGAAGAUUAUCCGGGCAAAGGGACAAUAUAUGUAUGAUGAAAAUGGAAACCAGUACCUUGACUGUAUCAAUAAUGUUGCUCAAGUGGGGCACUGCCAUCCUGAAGUAGUCAGAGCAGCUCAUCAGCAGAAUUUACUGCUAAAUACAAACUCUCGGUAUCUGCAUGACAAUUUGGUGGAUUAUGCACAAAGACUUUCUAAAACAUUGCCGGAGAAGUUGUGUUCCUUCUAUUUUUUGAAUUCAGGAUCAGAAGCUAAUGAUCUUGCUCUUAGACUGGCACGGCAAUAUACAAAACAUAAAGACGUUAUUGUUAUUGACCAUGCUUAUCAUGGACAUCUGACAUCUUUGAUUGACAUAAGUCCAUACAAAUUCAGAAAUCUAGAUGGCCAAAAGGAAUGGGUCCAUGUGGCUCCUCUUCCAGAUACAUACAGAGGAUUAUAUAGAGAAAAUCAUAAGGAUCCAGCCACAGCAUAUGCUGAUGAAGUGAAAAAAAUAAUUGACAUAGCACACCAAGAAAGCAGAAAGUUUGCUGCACUUUUUGUAGAAUCCUUGCCUAGUGUUGCCGGACAGAUCAUUCCACCACCUGGUUAUUUCCAAAAGGUUGCAGAGCAUAUACACAAAGCAGGUGGUGUAUUUAUUGCUGAUGAAAUUCAGGUUGGCUUUGGCAGAGUUGGCAAACAUUUUUGGGCAUUUCAACUUCAAGGAGAGGAUUUUAUUCCUGAUAUUGUUACUAUGGGAAAGCCAAUUGGGAAUGGACAUCCUGUGGCUUGUGUAGCAACAACGAAGGAAAUUGCAGAGGCAUUUUCAGCAACAGGAGUAGAGUAUUUUAACACAUUUGGAGGAAAUCCUGUGUCCUGUGCAAUAGGCCUAGCAGUCCUGGAUGUUAUUGAGAAAGAAGAGCUUCAAACCCACGCUCUUCAUGUGGGAAACUUCUUUAUGGAACUACUCAAUCAACAAAAAGCUAAACAUCCUCUAAUUGGAGAUAUCAGGGGUGUUGGACUAUUUAUUGGUGUAGAUUUAGUACAAGACCGAGAGAAAAGAUCACCUGCUAGCAAAGAAGCAGAAUUCAUCGUAACAAGAUUAAAGGAAGAAUUCAUUAUGCUGAGCACAGAUGGGCCAGGCAGAAAUGUGCUUAAGUUCAAGCCACCACUGUGUUUCAAUACAAAGGAUGCAGAGUCAGUAGUUGAUAAACUUGAUAUGAUAUUAACAGAAUUGGAGAUAAGAAAAACCUAAAGAUGAUUUCCAAGGCUACAAGAGGAUACAGGCAUGGUGCAGAAUUUUACCAUUUUUCUACACUUAAACUACAAUAAUAAAAUUCUGACUUCUUCAAGCUUUCAUAAUCCAGUCUAUGUAGUUUUGUUGUAUUGCUGACAUUUUUAGCAAUAGAGCUCCGAUUUUUCAAAGCUCUAUUGCUAUUAUCUCCACUAAUGCAACUUUUAAUAUAGUAGAGAGGAAAAUGUAAUUUAUCAAGAAAAUAUAACUUGUCAUCCUUGUGCUAUACAGGUUACAGGACUAUAUAUAUUCUUAUUUAUAUUUAUAUUUCACAAUUAUCACCUUUGAUCCAAUAAGUCUGUUUUCUUCAUAACGUUUUAUUAACAAAUCAGUAGGAAUCCAUUAUUUAGUAAACACCCAAACAUUACACUCAUGAGAAUUGGUUUUUUUGUAAGAUUUUUUUUAGCAUCUCAUAAAAAUGUUUUAUUUACUAAAGAAAAUCAGUAUGUCACCAACAUGGAUAACCUAUUUUUAUUUGGAAAGGAUAGCUUUCCCAUUACAGUAAUUCAGGAAUAAAGGGGAAUUUUUAUUUUAAGAAGCUGAUAGAUCAAGAAGUAUUUAUACCAAAAAUGUUGUAACAGAUGAAAAGCAAGCCAUUUUCUAAGGACAGCCUAACGACUAUUAUCUUCAAAGAUAUUAACUUUCUGUUUUUCUGUAGCAUUAAGAUGAAAUUCCUUUGCUAAAGAUUGUUUUGCUAUGUUUCUUUCAGUCAUAACAGUAUCAGAUUGGUACCUCUUAUUUUUCCAUAAGCAGUUUCUUUCUUCUCUUAGCUACAGCUAAAUCUAAGUAUUUCACUACGAAAUGCAUUUUCUAUUGUAAAAUCCUGUUUUAUGUUUGCUAUGUCAAGCUCUAAUGUUUCAAAUCCUAAGACCUGUGACUUAAAUCAAAUGAAAACGUAAUUUUUAAAAAUUUGGUAAAAUAUGCUUAACAGAAUUUCAAUUCCCCUUUACCCUGUACAUUAAUAACAAAUAGGCUUACUUGUCAAAACAUGCAAAAUAUAGUACUAGCAUUCAACUAUCUACAUUUGUACCAGUCAUAAAACUGUUCCAUUCUUUGGGGCAAACAAAACACAUAGGAUGAAAACAAUAUUAAAAUACUCAAAAGCGAGUAAGGUUGGAAAGCCCACAGUCACAUCUGUUACAGAGAACAAAAUUGCUAUCUUUUAAGUUUCUUAGCCAGGGAGAAGACAGAUAAUUGUAAUUCUAUUGUAAAUGUGAAAAUUUCUUUCAGGAACUGCUGGCUCUCCAAUUGACUAGUGAUAGUCAGAAACUUUGAACUAUAUCAUAAUAGUCAUUUUAUAUCUAAAUGAUUAGCAGUUCCUGAUCAGAGGUAACUCAGAUGUAAGGUUGCCUACUUCUACCAUUAUAGUUCAUAAGUUCUAGAGUGCGGUAGUUAAUAGUUUCACCUUCAGAAGAGCUAUUUAAUUCAUCUUCAGUUAGUAGGAUUUGACAUUCUAGCAAAUAAGACUUGAUAAUUUCCCCAUAUCAUAGUGGACAUCUUUGUAAGUAGUUAGGUAUAUUUUCCGUAACCUUUUAAUUUCUCAGAGAACACAAUUCAGCAUGACUAAACUAUGUAUUUUUAACUGUCAAAAGCAAAACUCAUUUUAUUUUCAAGCCUUAUUUGUUACUAUUCAAGUGCCCUGACAAGCAAACCAUGCAGAUUACCAUAUAAAAAUGGUCAAAAAUUAAAUAACUGGCGCCAAUCCAUAGCUGUUGUUAAAUGAUCUUAAACAAUGAGUUCUAAUUUGGGGUUAAUAUUUAUUAUACAAUUAAAAUGUAUGUUCAUAACAAAUUAUUUAUCCCAUGGAUAAGUGACUGUGUUGUCUCUCCAGAGACAACUUCCUCUUCCAAACCUAGUUUUAAUCAUGGCUAUUAAACAUGUAAUUAAAACUUCCAUUAAAACAGAGUUGUCAUUUUAAUAUCUUUAAGCAAGAAAUUUUUAUUCUAAAUAAAAAUGCAUUAUAUUCUUCUCUCCAUGUCUGAGCUUAUACUUAGCUAAGAUAAGCUAUAUUGUUGGAAACUUUAAAUGUAGAAUGUAAUGUACUUAUAGUGCAUUAAAAAUCUUUACCCAUAUUUGACAGCAGGACUGCUAUCAGCUAUUAUCUACUGAAAAUCGAAAUAUAACUACAAAAUAGCUCAGGAUAUGCUUGGAAGAAGCUAUAAAAUAGUUUGAAAAAAACUUGGAAACAGUACUGAAAAUCCAAUGUUUAUGCAGCUUUAAUAUUUGCUUAAUAAUUUUAGCAUGAAAUGUUUAAUUUCUAAAUACUAAUAAAACACAUAAGAGUACAAAAGCCA